AUGUGUGUUGAGCAGGGCAGCUUGAAUUCGCCUGAGAUCUGCAAGGCUUGCUUAAAUCUUGUGGAGGGUGAGAUCCAGAGCAAUGUCGACCUGAACACGGCUGCGCCACCGCUUCGGCCCGAGGCGUCCCUCCGCCUGAGACCUGUUAAAGAGAGCUCAGCCAAUGGCCUGGCGAUCCGGAAGGCGAAGGCAUUAGGGGCUUGGGGCUGGCCACCCUCUCUGAUGACCCGUGUUGCUUCUUGUCCAGUUUCCCCCGAGCUGAAGGAGCGCAAAGAAGAUGCCAAAGUGAUGGAAGACGAAGGGCAGACGAAGAUCAAGCAGAGGAGAAGCCGAACCAAUUUCACUCUGGAGCAGCUGAACGAACUGGAGCGGCUUUUCGACGAGACCCAUUAUCCGGACGCUUUCAUGAGAGAGGAGCUCAGCCAGAGACUGGGACUCUCUGAAGCCCGUGUCCAGGUAUGGUUUCAGAACAGGAGAGCUAAAUGUAGAAAACAAGAAAAUCAGCUACAUAAAGGGGUUCUCAUAGGAGCGGCCAGCCAGUUUGAAGCCUGCCGGGUGGCUCCGUACGUGAACGUCGGCGCCUUGCGGAUGCCCUUCCAGCAGGUGCAGGCGCAGCUGCAGCUCGACAGCGCCGUGGCGCACGCGCACCACCACCUCCACCCGCACCUGGCCGCGCAUGCGCCCUACAUGAUGUUCCCGGCGCCGCCCUUCGGCUUGCCCUUGGCCACGCUGGCCGCGGAGUCCGCCUCGGCCGCUUCGGUGGUGGCCGCAGCGGCGGCCGCCAAGACCACCAGUAAGAACUCGAGCAUCGCGGACCUCAGACUUAAAGCCAAAAAGCACGCGGCGGCCCUGGGCCUGUGACUCUUCCUCGCUGCUGGGCACGUUGCAAUCCCAUCGCCUGCGGAGCGCCGGGAAGGGGGGGUGGGAGAGGCGCGGGAGCUGUUGGAAGAAAGGCGCCCCCUCCCCAAGACCUCUUCCCCGGAGAGCUGUCCUAAACAGAGACCGACCUGAACUCCCUCGAAGAGGGUCCCGCCUUCCCUGCCUCCUACCCCCCCACCCCCUUGUUGGUCCUGCGGGACUUAAAAAUGUGAAAGACAAAAAAAAAACAGACAGACCCAAACCUGCGGCGGGAAAUCAGAAGCCCCGAGAGGUGUGGGCUGAAACAAACAAAACAAACUGAAAAGUAACGAGAAGUAACGAUCUAAAGGGGAAAGAAAUAAAACGAACCCGUUUUGAUUUUUUGUUGUUGUUGUUGUUCAUGGAGAGAGAGACAAACCUUCUGCUACUGCUAACACGACUAAAGGAGAGAAGAAAGAGCUACUCGGAAACCGGAGGGAAGAGAGAGAGAGAGACUUAUUUAAAGAAUCAGAUGAAACAGACGCGCAGCUGGGAAGUUCACAGGUUUUGAAACUGACCUUUUUCUGCGAAGUUCACUUUAAUACGAGAAAUUUGAUAAGAGAGGCGGGCCUCCUUUCACGUCGCAUCAGAUACUUGAGUUUUAACAGCCACGGACUGGAAACGGUGAUGAGAAGGAAAGAAGAAUUUAAAAAAAAAUGGAGGGGAAAUAAUUAAAAUGGGGUGGGGAAAGGGAGGAAGACGGAGACGCGCUCCUUUCUCUUCCAAGUUCUAAAUGGGAAACUGCUCGAGAUCCUUCUGCUAGUAGAGUUCCGGGUCUGCAUGUGUUUGGGUUUUCUAUUAAUUUCUUGGGCGUCCCUUCGGGUCAUUGCACUUCACCUUAACCUUUAAGAGAAUGAAAGUCAGCGGUUUAAAGCAAGCUCAUUUAGGGGGUUCCUCCGUCGAGAGAGAAGGGGGGAAGGAGAGAUAGAGGAAGGAAGGAAGGCGGAAAGAAAGACGGACACCCUAAGCUUCCCUCUUCCUUAAAAACUAAGACUUCAACGGACAGAAAAGCUCAGAUCCUCCCAUACAGACGGGGCCGCCGCCCAAACCCACCGAAAGCAAAGGACAGGAAUGCAAAAUCUAGCACAAUUUCAAGGCUGCGAUCCUCUCCACCUCUUUUUUGAAUAUAUUUUCGAAAACACGAGGGGUUGCUUUCUAGUAAACACCCCCAGGCUCUUUAAAAUUUGAUCCCCCUACCACCAAUCAGCGCUUCCCACUUUUUAACACACCCCUAUUUUUUUCCCCUUCUCGUCCACUUUUGGAGCGCUCCAAACUUUGCGCCCAACUCUAACGUUUUGCUGCGGUUCGAUAAAGGCAGUACCUUAUGGUAAAUGUCGAUCUUCUCCCCUUUUGAAGCAAUACUGAGACUUAUAUUUCUCAUGUCUAAAAGAGGGUUCCAUCUUACAUUACAAUCAAAAAUCAGGCGCAGCUAACGUCGUCCGUUAAUUUCAAUUAUAUUAGCCUCAUAGUCUAAGAACGGAGGCUUGCAGCUUUAAGACCGAUUUUUAGCCCUGAUAUGGGCUGUAGCAGACAAGCUUCCUUCUCUCUCUUCAGUAUAUAUUAUAUUGCAGCCACGGGGUUUCCAUAUUUCCCCUUCUGAAUCAUGACAAGCAGUAUUCAGUACAUGGUGAUUUUUUUUAAAAAGGACGUUUAGUCACAAACACAUGCUUGCUUUGGCAAUCGUAACUCGUACGUUGGCAGUCCUGCCAAACCUUCCCAUCAGAUCUCAUAAAGGUGUGUCCACCCCCUUAAUUUUGCGAUAUGAUAUACUGUACAUCUCUAUCUAUU